AGUAGCCAACGAGCUUAUAGAACACAAGUACAAGAAGCUAUCAGAAAUCAGAAACGCUAGCUAGCAGUAGGAACAAACAAUGAGGUCGUCCCCGAUCAUCUUCCUGCUCCUGGCCGCCGCCGCCGCCAUCGCCGCUCCGUGGCAGGUUGCGCACGCCGCGGGCAAGUGCGGCAAGACGCCGGCGGAGAAGGUGGCGCUGAAGCUGGCGCCGUGCGCGAAGGCGGCGCAGGACCCCGGGGCCCGGCCGCCGGCCGCGUGCUGCGCGGCCGUGCGCGACAUCGGCACGCACCAGAGCCACGCGUGCCUGUGCGCCGUGCUGCUGUCCAGCACCGUGAGGCGCUCCGGCGUCAAGCCGGAGGUGGCCAUCACCAUCCCCAAGCGCUGCAAACUCGCCAACCGCCCCGUCGGCUACAAGUGCGGCGCUUACACGCUGCCCAGCCUGCAGGGCUGAUGACGACGUACGACGGCCUUGUUUAGGCUCUGGCGCCACUAAAAGCUACCUACAGAUCGCUUACAGCAUACUACUCCUAUAAUACUGUUGCUUAAGUGUGCUAGCUAUACCCUGCACUGCUGAUGAAUAAGUAUGAUCGAGCUAGCAAAGCAACUCUACAUGGUUGGGACGUCAACACUGGUUAAUCUCGUGCGCUGCAAAUGGUCUGCUAGUGUAAUCCUGUCCGCAUAUGCUGCUUGAGGUUGUAAUGAGAAUGGACAAAGUUUACUAUCCGCCCGACUGAUA